AUGGAUCUUGGUGAAACAAAUAAGGGUAAUGCCUUCUCAGUCACCGUCGAAAGCUACUCAAAAUUUUUGGAUGUCCAGUGUCUGAAACCUGCAUCUGCUCAUUCUGUUGUUGAGUACUUACAACAACUUCUUCGGCAUUUGGGCCCUCCAGAAAUCACUGUGACGGAUAAUGGUCGCCAGCUUGUCUCAACAGAGUUUGCGUCUCUCUGUGACAAAAUUGUUCAUCUUCGAUGUGCGCCUCGUAUGCCGCAAAGCAAUGGUCAAGCUGAAAAGAUGGCUCAUCUGAUAAAAACUUCUACCGAACAAGACGCGCUUUCUUUGGAUCGUGCGGUGAUGGCGUAUAACUACAUUUCCAACAGUACUGAUGAUGGAAAAACUCUAAGCGAAUUGUUUUUUGAAAGGAAAACGAAGACUCUCUUCGACGUCUACUAA